CUUUCUUUCUUUCUUCUCCUCUGCUUCUUCUGUUCUUCCUUCUCCACAGUCCUCCCACUCUCUCUGAUGCUUCUUUAUAUCUUCCUUCACAACCCCCACCAUAGAAUUUUGUUGAGGAGGGUAAAUUUAAAUCGAGUUUAGAGACAAAGACUCGUUUGUUUCAGUUCUUCGUCAGUUUUAAUCCUGACGUUUUAGACAUGGAUGCUUCUAAGUCAGAUCAAAUUCUUUUGAUUGUUUGUUGUUAAGAAAACAACAUGAGUGAAGGAAAUGAAAAGAGAAGCAGAAGCAGAGAAAUGGAGAGUCUCUCUUUGGAGUUGGAAAGGUACCCAAGAGAUCUAUUACAGAGAUUCACGUCAUGCGACUCACAGAAAUCACUAAGCAGAGCUUCCGAACAAGAUACAGAGGAGAUAGAGCUAAACCUGGGUCUUUCACUCGGUGGAAGAUUCGGGGUCGAUAAGUCAGCCAACAAGCUAACGAGAUCAUCAUCAAUUGCUGGGAAAAUACCACUAAUCAGAGAAGACGAUGCAUUGACGUCACCACCACCAGUACAGUAUCCAUCUCUCAUGAGAACCUCUUCUUUUCCCUCAACAGAGACGGAAAAGGAGUGGAGGAAUAGAAAAGAAAUGCAGACUUUGAGAAGAUUAGAAGCCAAGAAAAGGCGCAGUGAGAAGGAAAAACAGAGGAAUUCUGCAAAUUCGAGACCAGAAGUCAAUACUGAAGAGGAGAGAAGGGAAUUGAGUAUGAGUAGGAGUAGGAGUGGUUUGCGGGUGCAACUGCCUUUCGGGAUGUCUUCGCAGGCCGCUGCGGCAAGGCAGCUGGUUCUUCGGGGUGCAGUGGAUGCGGGAGUUAAGGGAAAGGGAGGGUUCUUUCAGGGACAGGGGCAACCCGGUUCACAAGGGUCAGCGGAGUCUCAUGGAGGGAGUUCUUGGGGGUUAUCGGAGUUUGAGAGUAAGGCUCCUCUUCAAGGAUCAAGCAGCUGUGGCGAAGCAAGAAACACAGGCAGUAAUCACUCUUUGCAAGAAAUGAGCAGUCCGGAGGUGUUAGGUUCUUCAGGGACGAAGAAAAACGAAAAUCUAUGCAGAACUUCCAGCACUGAUGUAGGAAAACUAUCUACAAAACCUGAUUCUGUUGAAAAUCGGGGGAAGGAGAUUGGGACAAAUCCGAUGGAAGAUAUGCCUUGUGUCUUCACCAUAGGAGACGGUCCUAACGGGAGAAAAAUAGAAGGUUUUCUAUACAGGUAUGGUAAGGGAGAGGAUGUAAGGAUAAUGUGUGUAUGCCAUGGCGAGUUCCACUCUCCAGCAGAGUUCGUCAAGCAUGCUGGUGGCAGUGAUGUUGAUCACCCUCUAAGGCAUAUAGUUGUAAACCCUUCUGGCUCUCCCUUCACAUGAUUUGGUUCUCAUUUCUCCUCUCUGAACAUUGGGGUUGUGAAAUGGAGAGAAAAAAAAUCAAAGAACGGAAGAUAAUUUUCAGAUACUAGUGUUCUAUUUUUCAAGAACUACUUUUGGUCAAGUUCUUGAAGAAAAACUCAAGAUAUAUUAUAACUGUAAAUGGUAAGAUGAAUUUAUACUUAUGUAUAUAUAAAGUAAA